GCUCGAACCCAGUCAGAACUGACGAGACAAACAGCGAGAGCGUCUGUCUGAAGGUCCAAGCUUUGCGCACACCGGGCUCGCUGCACCUACACCCGUGUCAGACAACUCUGAAUCUGCAUUAGCAAAAUAUGCCUUCGAUCGUCUGCUGUCAGAUAAACCAGGUUACAAUGCAUGAUCAACAUAGAAAAAGCUUGUCUCUAUAGCUAACGGGAUCCUAAGGACUUGAUUAAUCACUUCAAGCCUGAUAGUUUGUGUUGGUGCGGCUGCUGUCCGUUGUCAAACUCCUGGUCGACCAGCAUUGCCUCCAGCUCGCCUCUGAAGACUCAGAUUCACCUCUCAUCUGCUCUGCUGAGGCUCCUCCUUUUCGAUUGCCCCAUCCCAUCGCCGGUGCCAAUCUGUCCACAUCCUGCGUUCUCUACUAGCAAGGCCCAACACCAGAUUUGCAAACAUGAUUCCCAACGGAUGCCUGAUGUUCGAAGAUGACAGCUUCCUGGACUCCACUGUGGCAAAGAUGAACGCCCUGCGCAAGAGUGGCCAGUUCUGUGACGUCAGACUCCAGGUCUGCGGCCACGAGCUCAUGGCCCACCGUGCGGUCCUGGCCUGUUGCAGCCCCUUCCUGUUCGAGAUCUUCAACAGCGACGCCGAGCAGCACGGUGUCUCCCACGUCAAGUUCGAGGACCUGAACCCUGACGCGGUGGAGAUCCUGCUUAACUACGCCUACACCGCCCAGCUGAAGGCCGAUAGAGAACUGGUGAGAGAUGUCUACUCUGCUGCCAGGAGGCUCAAGAUGGAAAGAGUGAAACAGAUAUGCGGGGACUACUUGCUGUCACGGAUGGAUUGCCAGAGUGCCAUCUCCUACCGGCACUUUGCUAGCAGCAUGGGCGAUGCGCGGCUCCUGAGCAAGAUUGAUGACUACAUUCAGGAGCACCUGCUGGAGAUCUCGGAGCAGGACGACUUCCUCAAACUUCCCCGUCUGAAGUUGGAGGUGAUGCUGGAGGACAACCUGAGUUUGCCCAGCAAUGGCAAGCUGUACUCCAAGGUGAUCAACUGGGUCCAGCGCAGCCUGUGGGAGAACAGCGAGCCACUGGAGAGACUCAUGGAGGAGGUGCAAACGCUGUACUACUCGGCCGAUCACAAGCUGCACGAUGGGAGCAUGCUGGAGGGACAGGCUGAGGCAUACGGCAGGGACGAUGACCACAUCCAGUUCGUGCAGAAGAAGGUCCCGCGGGAGAGUGUCCAGCGACAGAUGAGCAGCACCUCCUCUGGAAGCCUUUCCCCGGGAUCCGUGGGGCAGCUCUGCAAGCAUGAGUGGAAGUACAUCGCCUCUGAGAAGACCUCCAACAGCACCUACCUGUGCCUGGCGGUGCUGAACGGCGUGCUGUGUGUCAUCUUCCUGCACGGCCGGAGCAGCCCCCUCAGCUCGCCCUCCAGCACGCCCUGCCUGCUGAAGAGCAUGAGCUUCGAGGCUCAGCCCGACGAGCCUGAGGAGAAGCUGCUGACACCCAUGCACUACGCCCGCUCGGGCCUGGGCACUGCUGAGCUGGACGGCAGGCUGAUCGCCGCAGGAGGCUACAACAGGGAGGAGUGCUUGCGGACGGUGGAGUGCUACGACCCGAAGACGGACCGCUGGACCUUUAUUGCACCGAUGCGAACUCCGAGGGCCCGCUUCCAGAUGGCAGUAUUGAUGGGUCAGCUGUACGUGAUGGGUGGCUCCAACGGCCACUCGGAUGAGCUGAGCUGCGGGGAGACCUACACCCCCCAGUCGGACGAGUGGACCCAGGUGCCCGAGCUCCGGACCAACCGCUGCAACGCAGGUGUCUGCUCCUUGAACAACAAGCUGUACGUGGUGGGUGGGUCAGACCCCUGCGGGCAGAAGGGCCUGAAGAACUGCGAUGCCUUUGACCCCGUCUCCAAGACCUGGACCAACUGUGCCCCCCUCAACAUCAGGAGGCACCAGGCUGCAGUGUGCGAGCUUGAUGGCUUCAUGUACGUGAUCGGAGGGGCAGAGUCCUGGAACUGCCUGAACACCGUGGAGCGCUACAACCCCGACAACAACACCUGGACCCUCGUUGCCCCCAUGAAUGUGGCCCGACGAGGGGCGGGCGUGGCUGUGCAUGAGGGCAAGCUGUUUGUGGCGGGCGGGUUUGAUGGCUCCCACGCCCUGCGCUGUGUGGAGGUCUACGACCCGGCCAAGAACGAGUGGAAGAUGCUGGGCAGCAUGACAUCAGCCCGCAGCAAUGCGGGCAUGGCCGUGCUGGGCAACAUCAUCUGUGCGGUGGGCGGCUUUGACGGCAACGACUUCCUCAACUCCAUGGAGGUGUACAACCCUGAGACCAACGAGUGGAGUCCCUGUGUGGAAGCCUUCGCCUCCCAAUGAGGAUGUGGUGCCCCACCGCACCGCACUGCUUCUCUCAAACUAACAGGCUUAGUGAUGUCAAUGUGUAGUUCUCUGUCUAUGAGCGGGUUGGGGGGAGGUUAAUGGGGGGUGGGGGGAAGGGUUUAUUUUGUGAUGGGCAGGAGCAUUAAUUUGGUUUGCUAAAAGAGCAACAUGAAGCCUUUGCAUAUUGCAUAUGAUAUUUUGUGCUGUAUAUAUUGUUUUUUUCUAUUUCACUGUCUUACUAAAAAUGCCAAUGAGUACAAUCUGCAAGUUUUUUUUUGUUUGUUUUUUUGGAAAGAAGGGUUUUUUGGAACGUGACACAGUUGAUUUCCGUGCGAGUCGCCAUGUACCUCAUUUCAGCCUGUGCCACUAUUAGUUGGUUUUGGAAUGCAGCGCUUGAUUGAUCAUGCAGAUGGAGGGAAUUCGAUUGAUUGGCUAGAGACCGACAUUCUGCAGUUUCUCCUUACCAGUAUGAGGUCUCUUAUUUCGCAUAGCUUUAGCUCAGAGUAUCCGCAGACAAAUGCCUUACUCAGAGAAAGGUUAUAACACAUACAGCCAUCUAUUUAAAGGAAAGCUUGAAAUCGCUUCACCAGUAUGGCGGGAUCUUUUAUGAUUGCCUUUUUAUAUUUUUUGUAUACGCUGCUGAGUGAGUUAGUCAUAACAUUGAAGUGGAAGACGGUGGUUAAAGGAAAAGCGAUUGUGCCAGUUAGAUUCGCACACACGCACACACCGCCAUGCUUCAGAGCUUCUGUCUGCCGAAGAAGCCUUCAGAACUGCCAUGUUACUAACUGUUCAUACAGUUGAGGUGGUGUUUGAGCAUUAUGCUUUUCCUCAAGUGUUUUUUUUUUCCCUUGUUUCUGUUGAAUUUGAGAAUCGGAGAAGCUGGAGUUCUAAAAAUUUUGUUACAAGCUGACUUGCUGAUAUUUCUUGACUAAUAAACCAGUUCGACCCA